GAUCCAAAACUGCGUGAACUGUUGGAUGCUGGGAACCUAGGAGGUCGACUGGAAAAUCGAAUGAUAACUGUUGUCUAUGGUCCAGACCUGGUCAAUAUAUCAUAUUUGAACUUGGUGGCAUUCCAAGAGGAUAUAGCAAAGGAAUGGUCAGAUGAAGUGUUCAGUUUGGCAACAAAUUUGUUGGCACAGAACAUGUCAAGGGACGCGUUUCUGGAAAAAGCUUACACAAAACUUAAGCUGCAGGUGACUCCAGAAGGGCGCAUUCCUCUGAAGAACAUAUACCGCUUGUUUUCCGCUGACAGAAAACGGGUAGAGACUGCGUUAGAAGCUUGUAAUCUUCCAUCUUCCAGGAAUGAUUCCAUCCCUCAAGACGACUUCACGCCAGACGUGUACAGGGUGUUCUUAAACAACCUUUGCCCUCGGCCUGAAAUCGACCACAUCUUUUCUGAGUUUGGUGCCAAGAGCAAACCAUACCUUACUGUUGAUCAGAUGAUGGAAUUUAUAAAUUUUAAGCAACGUGAUCCACGAUUAAAUGAAAUCCUUUAUCCACCAUUAAAACAAGAACAAGUCCAGCAGCUGAUUGAGAAGUAUGAACCCAACAGUAAUCUAGCAAAGAAAGGACAGAUAUCAGUGGAUGGAUUUAUGCGGUAUCUGAGUGGAGAAGAAAACGGCGUUGUUCCACCUGAGAAACUGGAUUUGAAUGAAGAUAUGUCUCAACCACUGUCACACUAUUUCAUCAAUUCCUCACACAACACCUACCUCACAGCUGGACAGCUGGCUGGUAACUCAUCGGUGGAGAUGUAUCGGCAAGUGCUUCUGUCAGGCUGCCGCUGCGUGGAGCUGGACUGCUGGAAAGGACGGACAGCUGAAGAAGAGCCGGUCAUCACACACGGAUUCACUAUGACAACUGAAAUAUCCUUCAAGGAAGUAAUAGAAGCUAUUGCUGAAUGUGCGUUUAAGACAUCGCCCUUUCCAAUCCUUCUUUCCUUUGAAAAUCAUGUGGAUUCCCCUAAACAACAGGCGAAAAUGGCAGAGUACUGCAGAUUAAUAUUUGGAGAUGCAUUGCUUAUGGAUCCCUUGGAAAAAUACCCGCUUGAACCUGGAGUUCCUCUUCCAAGCCCUACGGAUUUAAUGUACAAAAUUCUGGUGAAGAAUAAAAAGAAGUCACAUAAGUCUGCAGAUGGAAGUGCAAAAAAGAAGCUCUCGGAGCAAGCUUCCAACACAUGCAGUGAUACGUCUAGUAUGUUUGAACCUUCCUCCCCUGGAGCAGGAGAAGCAGAGAUUGAGAGCGAUGAUGAUGAUGACUAUGAUGAUGACUGUAAAAAGUCGUCGAUGGAUGAAGGUACUGCUGGAAGUGAGGCUAUGGCCACGGAAGAGAUGUCUAACCUGGUGAACUACAUUCAACCUGUGAAGUUUGAGUCAUUUGAAGUAUCGAAAAAACGCAAUAAAAGUUUUGAAAUGUCUUCCUUUGUGGAAACCAAAGGGCUUGAGCAACUUACGAAGUCUCCUGUGGAAUUUGUGGAAUACAACAAAAUGCAGCUAAGCCGAAUUUACCCAAAGGGAACACGUGUAGAUUCUUCGAACUACAUGCCACAAGUAUUUUGGAACGCCGGCUGCCAAAUGGUUGCUCUUAACUUCCAAACUGUAGAUUUGUCUAUGCAAAUAAACAUGGGAAUGUACGAGUACAAUGGCAAAAGUGGAUACAGGUUGAAACCAGAAUUCAUGAGAAGACCAGACAAACACUUUGAUCCAUUUACUGAAAGUAUAGUGGAUGGAAUAGUAGCUAACACCUUGUCUGUCAAGAUAAUUUCCGGUCAGUUUCUUUCUGAUAAAAAAGUUGGUACCUAUGUCGAAGUCGACAUGUUUGGCCUGCCUGUGGACACAAGAAGAAAAGCUUUGAAGACCAAGACCUCUCAAGGCAAUGCAGUCAAUCCCGUCUGGGAAGAGGAAACUAUAGUGUUUAAGAAGGUUGUUUUACCUUCCCUGGCAUGUUUGAGGCUAGCAGUGUAUGAAGAAGGAGGAAAAUUUAUUGGUCAUCGGAUAUUGCCAGUCUCAGCAAUUCGACCAGGCUAUCACUACAUCUGUUUGAGGAAUGAGAGGAACCAGCCUUUGACACUGCCAGCUCUCUUUGUGUACAUAGAGGUCAAAGACUAUGUACCUGAUACUUAUGCAGAUGUGAUCGAGGCCUUAUCCAAUCCAAUCAGAUAUGUAAACUUGAUGGAGCAGAGAGCUAAGCAACUG